AUGGUCUACUCACUCAGUUACAAGAGACCAGUGUCAAUUGGAUCUAUUCCCACAUCCGAACACAGCAACGAUGGAAAGAAGAAGUCAAUUGACUCUGGAAUGUCCCAUGGGAUCCCAGAUGCGCUGUCAUUCGAUCGGAUCAUUGCCGGCGGCACUUGUCCGCCGUGCACGCUUCGCGAGUUUCUGAACUAUCUGAAGUACAUUGAGUUGUCGGCCGAGAAUCUCCAGUUUUACCUUUGGUUCCACGACUACGUCAAGCGUUUCGAGGCUCUUCCUGAGAGCGAGAAAGUACUGUCGCCGGAAUGGACCACUGAGCAAGCAGAGUCUGAAGCGCAUGCAGCCCAGUCGAAGUCCCGGAAAUCUACCCCUAGAACAGCUGCUGUGUUCAAAGGAACCACCUUUUCCGAUACUCCCAAAGCCGCAGACAGCGACCGAGCCAACCCUUUCUGGGAUCACGCCGGGCCCACCCCGUCCGAGCACAGCGAGAAUGACACACCCUCGGUGCACAGCUCAGCGGACUGGGAGUAUUCCCUGACCAACUCCACCGUCAAUCAUUCUGAGGCGGCUAGGGAUGCCUUUGAAUCUGCAGGAGAGAAAUUCCAGCCGUUCACUAUUCAGCCAUAUCGCGAAGAGAUCUCGCGUAUCGUCACCAUCUACAUUGCCGAUGGCGGUGCUCGUCAACUUAAUCUCUCAUCGCGCGAGCGCAAUUCGCUCCUCCGCGCUCUGACGCACACGACGCACCCGUCGGCUUUUCGCGAGGUCAUGGUCAGCGUCGAAUGGUCGCUUCGCUGCCAGUCUCACCCUCACUUCAUCCGCUGGACAAUCUGCAAUGGCAAUCGCCCACGUGUCGUAUUUGCUCGCGGCCUCGGCAUCUUCACCAUCAUUGGAGGCAUCCUCAUGGGCAUCCUCAUGACGCUCAGCAACAUGCCGCGAGGCUAUCGCGCCCUUUCCGCCAUCCCACUGGUCAUCGGCAUUUCAACUAUGAUUGCUGCAUACAAAGGAAUGUGUGUUGUCCUUCAUGGAAUGCACCAUCGACACCUACGUCCAUGGGAGUUGUUUGCCUCUGAUGAUGAGCCAACGCUAUGCUCCGAGAAAGACAACACGAAGAACAGUUUCGAGGACGAGCCGUGGGUGGCGCAAUAUGAGAAACGCAACAUCAUCCGCAAGAUAUUCGACCGCGAGGUGUGGAUCGAGGAGCCAGCCAUGCGCCAGAUUCAGGACACCAUCUUUGUGCAGAGCUUGAUUGGAGCAUUUGUCACCAGCGCCAUAUUGGUUGCUAUCUUUGUUGCUGUGCCCGCGGGUGGCUUCUUCUAA